AUGGAAUCCGAUGUGGAAUCUCACGAUAAGAUUCAUAACAAAAAAAUGCGUUACCUUUCAUCGGCAUUGUUGGGACUUUAUUUAUCUCUGUUGUUGAUAUCGGCCAUUAACACUCAUAGGGGCACAAGCUUCUUGAACCACAGCACAUCUGAACGUGACAAUCAGAGCUUACAGUCAGAUGAGUUGGACGCGUUUGAGUCUCCUGAGGCUGGGCCUAGGCGUGGGAAGGGUGGAGUUUUUUCCAAGGUGAAAGAUCUCUUUUACUCUGACGGGAAAACACUCCACAAAACCCAGAACAACGUGUUAUUACUCUCAUUUGAGGGAUUCAAGAACGUGAGGAACAAGAAAGUGGUGGAUAACACUCACUUGCAGGUUCAAAAGACCUCUGACUUGUUCACCAACAACAGUGAGAAGGGAGUGCUCCACUUCAGCACUACGAUGGACAAGAUAGGCACCAAGGGGAACAUCAACAGGGCCACUUUAAAGCUAAACAAGCUAUUUGACGCAAAAACACUAGGCUUCACGUGUCCCACUAACGGCGUCAAGCUCUACCUGAUCGACGCAUUAAACGACGACCUCAAAGUUAAAAUCCUCAAGGGCCCAAUCAAACUGGAAUUCAAGAAAAAUGAAGUCGAGGUUGACGUCACCAACUUCUUCAAUGAUCUAAAAGAUGACACAACUCCUCCUCCAGUUAAAGGAAAUUUGAUGCAAUUCUUGGAUUUAUCGGUGAGUGGACCUCCACCACCAAGAGGAUCGCCAGGAGAUGAUGAUUUGGAGUUUGACGAUGAAACUGAGGAUGGAGGUGACAAAAGGGAGGAUGACAAUGAUGAAAAUUUCUUCGGUAAAGAGGGUGGAAACACUGAGGAAGGGGAUGAACCAAGCCCUUUGAGAGGUGAAAGAGUUGACAAGUAUCUGAUGUUAGAAGCAGAUGAAAACUGCUACUUCGGAUUUGACAUGGUCGAUAGCAAGCCGAAAGUUAGGAUUGAAACCACGAAGAAGCUUACAACAAGACUUAAACAGGCCAACAAGAUGGCUAUCGGAGGAGUUGCUACAGCCGUAGCAUUAGUUGUCCUAGGAGCGGUUUUCGUUAUCAUCAGGAGUCGAAGGACUGAUUAUUCUUACUUUUACGAUAAACAAAACGAAACAGCAAGCUUAACCUAG